AUGGUCCCCAAGAAACGCCCUCGUUCACCCUCCCCUAGGGAGAACACGGGCCCCGCUUCCAAGAAAGGGUCAAGCAAUCACCGCUCCCGACACCGCUCACAUUCCCCUCGACCAAAAAUAAGAUCCAGGUCACCCCCUGCGAAGCACGAUGAUAACCGCAGGCGACACAGGCGGAGUCGCAGCCGGUCCUCCACCCCUUCCGCCAGCGACGAAGAAGAGGAGCGUCGGGGCCCUCUGUCCCACGCAAUCUUGGAAGCACCACUGCCGGCCGGUCUUGAAAAACCCCCGCCACUAGGUACAUAUGACGGGACCACCGACCCAGAAGAGCACAUCGAAAACAUCGACGCCCUCCUUGAUUACAGAGGGGUGCCGGGCGCAAUCAAGUGCCGUUUAUUCCCGACCACUCUGCGCAAAGGGGCCAAGACGUGGUACAAGAGUUUACCCGAUGAAUCCAUCACUUCAUGGAAAGUGCUCAGGAAACUCUUCUCCAGACACUUCACGGUCUCCCGAAGACAUACAAAGUCCGAAGCCUCCUUAGAGGCCAUCAUCCAAGGAAAAGACGAAUCCCUCUGGGCCUACAUAGAAAGGUUCAACAAAGAGGUCGUGCAAGUGUCCACAACCGCCCACAUGAAGAAGUUCUUACUCGAGCGGGGCCUCUGGCCACGCUCAGACUUCGCCAAAGCCGUCGGGAUCGAGACGCCCGCCACUCUGGACGAAUUCUUCCUCAAGGCCCAAGCAUACAUACAAUACGAGGAAAAAGAGGCGGCUUACGCAGUCCGCAACUCAAGACAGGAAGAGAAUACUAAAGGUGCCCGGCAAGACGACUCUCGCCGAGGAACCGAUAACAAGAAAGAGGAUAAAGGUCUAGACCCAAAAGACUACAAAGCACCGGCAGGGAAGUUUUGGGAGUACACCAUGCUGAACGCAUCCCGAGAACACAUUUUGAACGAAUGCGCGAAUGCAGAAUUCCAAACGGGAAAAGUCCGCUUCCCGAAGUCCAUGCCUGCACGGCCAAACGUGGAUAAAUCAAAGUUCUGCCAGUUCCACGAAGGCCACGGGCAUAACACAGCAGAUUGCAUCCACCUGAAGGACGAAAUAAAAAUAUUAAUCCGAGAAGGACACCUGAAGCAAUACGCGAAGAAGCAAGAGGCCACCAAAGAAGCCAAAUCGAUCACCGAGGAAAAGCCGGCGGAAGAUACGCCCGCCAUGCAAGUGGCCAUGAGUAUCACCCGACCAGAGGACUUUUACCUCCCCGAUUGGGCCCGGGUGUCUUCCAUUCCCUCUCCUCACAGCCCAUGGGAAAUUUUCCCUUCCGCCAUGGUCAUAUCUGGGGGAGGAUUCACCAAACUCACCGUCGGAUCCGUGAAACAGAAAUUCGACGAGCUAAUUUCAGCUAGUUCGAGCAAAUCCGCUACUCUCGACCUCGCCAAGGGCGGCUCAUCUUCCAUAUCUUUCUACAAAGAGGAACUGCCCGGCGGAGCACCCAACGUGACCAUCCCCCUCCUCAUCCGGGCUCGAAUGGCCAACUUUGACGUGCGUCGCAUUCUGGUCGAUCAAGGGAGUUCGGUAGACAUUAUGUACUCCCAGUUAUUCAAAACGCUGUAA